AAUUAUGUAUCGACCAAGACGGUUGUUUCCGUGAAAUAAAUGUGACGAUUUCGUUGGACAUUAAAAAAAUUAUAAAUAAAAAACUAAAAACACGCUUGAAAACCUAUCAAAAUGAGCAAUAUCGACUUGGACAAGCCGCGCUACGACCAAAGCACGUAUACAGGUCGCGCACAACAUUUCCUCAGGCUCACCAACCCGCUCAAUGUCUUCGCCAGUGACAAGGAUCUCGAUGAAGCUAAGAAGAUUGUCACCGAAUUCAGGAGGUCUCGUCGGAUGCCACCCGGCUACGAUGAAGACAAGCUCUGGGAGAAGAAAUAUUUGUACGACAGCGCCUUCCACCCUGACACUGGAGAGAAGAUGUUUGUUCUCGGCAGGAUGUCGGCACAAGCGCCCAUGAACACUCUCAUCACUGGUGGAAUGAUAACAUUCUACAAGACGACUCCUGCGACGGUAUUCUGGCAGUGGUUGAAUCAAACAUUCAACGCACUUGUCAACUACACCAAUAGAUCUGGUGAUGCACCGAUUAGUACCAAACAACUUUUGGCGUCUUACUGUGCGGCAUGUGGUGGCGCUCUCAGUACAGCUCUGUUUCUGAAUAGUAAAGUUAAGGUAAGUAAGAAUGAAGGAAAGUCAGAAGAAGGAAGUUAAAGUAGAAACGGACAU